UACCGCGUGUGUGCAGGUAUCGCGCGGGCCGGUUAAACGCGAUGGCAGUGCAGGUGCAUCAAGAAAGGAAGGAUACGGCCUGUGGUCUAUAUUUGAAUAGUGUCACUGCACUGUAGCCAGUGGUCAUUGUAUUUGAUUAGUGAACUUAUACUGUAACUUCCGUAUCUCUCAGCCCACCAGAGCUUCCGUAUUAACUGAGUUUCUAAGUCUACCCUUGCUGGAUUUUUUACUUUGUAACGCUAUGCGGUCAAUUCCGGAGGAGUUAACGACGCUUAUUUCAGAUCUUGAAGAUUUCCUCUUCGAUGGUCUGAAAGGAGAGAAUUUGAGUAAGAAGGCAAAGGAGAAAAGAGAAGCCUUCAUCAAGCGGAUCAAAGAGGUCAAAUCUGGAUACCCUCAAGAGUUCAACGAGAAACGAGAUGCAGAGGACUCGGAAGAGGAUGAAGUGGAGGACAGCAACAAUGAUGGAGGGUCACUGCAUUCAGAACGCACAGAUAAGGAGGAUGAGACCUGUGAAGGUGCUCAGCAGUCUCUAGCCGUGGCGGCUCAGGACCUCCAGUCUGUCUUCAAGGCCGGACACCUGGAGAAACGCAGGAAGGAUCACAGCUUCUUUGGCACAGAGUGGCAGAAGAGAUGGUGCGCUUUGAGCAGCCAGACAUUCUACUACUACGGCAGUGAGAAAGACAAGCAGCAGAAGGGCGAGUUUGCAAUUGAUGGCUACAGUGUCAAGAUGAAUAACACCCUGCGAAAAGAUUCCAAGAAAGAUUGCUGCUUUGAAAUUUCUUCCUCUGACAAGCGAGUAUAUCAGUUCUGUGCGUCAUCUCAGAAAGAGGCAGAGGAAUGGGUGGAGCAGAUAGAUUUUGUGUUGAGAGACAUGUCAGGGGUCAUUCCGUUGGACGAGGAGGAUCAAGAGACGUACGAUGACAUUGGCGCUGUCGAGGCGGCGCCUAUUGACGAUGACAUCUACGAAGAACUCCCAGAGGAGGACAUGUCCACUCCUCCCUUGCCCACACCUCCAAAGCCCAAGGUGGAACCACCCACGCCACACAGCAAACCCACCCCACCCACUACAGCUACAGUGAAUAAGAUCACAGACUACCAGAACUACUAUCAGGGAAUAUGGGACUGUACAGGAGAUCAACCAGAUGAACUGUCCUUCAGACGGGGAGACGCCAUCUACAUCCUCAGCAAGGAGUACCAGAACUAUGGUUGGUGGAUCGGGGAGAUGAAGGGGUCUGUUGGCAUCGUUCCUAAAGAGUACCUCAUGGAGUUGUACGCCAUUUAAAGGCCUGUCUGAGGCAUCUAAAUCCAAUCGUCUUCCAAAUGAGAUGCAUGGAAACAGACCAUAUCUGAAGGGGACGCUGAACUAAGCAGCAAAGCCAACUGUCUGUCGCAAAAUGAAAAAUAUCAGAUGCAUGUCGUGUCCAUCUUGAUCUCGCUAAGUGCUUUAAGGAGUUGUCUCGGCAGUUUGAGUUCAGUAAACUGCUUCUGUUUAAUUUAUUAUCGCCGCAUUUCCCCUUUUGAUACAGAGUCUUUAUAUUGUGAACUGUCUAGAAUGAAUCGCUUAUGGAGUCUUUGUAUUGUGAACUGUCUAGAAUGAAUCGCUUAUGGAGUCUUUGUAUUGUGAACUGUCUAGAAUGAAUCGCUUAUGGAGUCUUUGUAUUGUGAACUGUCUAGAAUGAAUCGCUUAUGGAGUCUUUGUAUUGUGAACUGUCUAGAAUGAAUUGCUUAUGGAGUCUUUGUAUUGUGAACUGUCUAGAAUGAAUCGCUUAUGGAGUCUUUGUAUUGUGAACUGUCUAGAAUGAAUCGCUUAUGGAGUCUUUAUAUUGUGAACUGUCUAGAAUGAAUCGCUUAUGGAGUCUUUGUAUUGUGAACUGUCUAGAAUGAAUCGCUUAUGGAGUCUUUGUAUUGUGAACUGUCUAGAAUGAAUCGCUUAUGGAGUCUUUAUAUUGUGAACUGUCUAGAAUGAAUCGCUUAUGGAGUCUUUGUAUUGUGAACUGUCUAGAAUGAAUCGCUUAUGGAGUCUUUGUAUUGUGAACUGUCUAGAAUGAAUCGCUUAUGGAGUCUUUGUAUUGUGAACUGUCUAGAAUGAAUCGCUUAUGGAGUCUUUGUAUUGUGAACUGUCUAGAAUGAAUCGCUUAUGGAGUCUUUAUAUUGUGAACUGUCUAGAAUGAAUUGCUUAUGGAGUCUUUGUAUUGUGAACUGUCUAGAAUGAAUCGCUUAUGGAGUCUUUGUAUUGUGAACUGUCUAGAAUGAAUCGCUUAUGGAGUCUUUGUAUUGUGAACUGUCUAGAAUGAAUCGCUUAUGGAGUCUUUGUAUUGUGAACUGUCUAGAAUGAAUCGCUUAUGGAGUCUUUGUAUUGUGAACUGUCUAGAAUGAAUCGCUUAUGGAGUCUUUGUAUUGUGAACUGUCUAGAAUGAAUCGCUUAUGGAGUCUUUGUAUUGUGAACUGUCUAGAAUGAAUCACUUAUGGAGUCUUUGUAUUGUGAACUGUCUAGAAUGAAUCACUUAUUGAGUCUUUGUAUUGUGAACUGUCUAGAAUGAAUCACUUAUGGAGUCUUUGUAUUGUGAACUGUCUAGAAUGAAUCGCUUAUGGAGUCUUUGUAUUGUGAACUGUCUAGAAUGAAUCGCUUAUGGAGUCUUUGUAUUGUGAACUGUCUAGAAUGAAUCACUUAUGGAGUCUUUGUAUUGUGAACUGUCUAGAAUGAAUCGCUUAUGGAGUCUUUGUAUUGUGAACUGUCUAGAAUGAAUCGCUUAUGGAGUCUUUAUAUUGUGAACUGUCUAGAAUGAAUCACUUAUGGAGUCUUUGUAUUGUGAACUGUCUAGAAUGAAUCACUUAUGGAGUCUUUGUAUUGUGAACUGUCUAGAAUGAAUCACUUAUGGAGUCUUUGGCUGAGAAAUACAUGUGUAUAUUAGAGGUCAGGCAUAUUUCAUAAAUACUUGAUACUGCUUGGUUGUUUCGUGUGCCAUUCCAUGCAGAGUUGGAUCACAUUGCCUCUACUAGACACUUAUCUCAGGUCUGUUUUCCAUUUACCCCGUUAUGACCUGCUGAGCAUUGGGUGAUCCAAGGUCAGUGCUUGGGGGGGCACUUCUACCCAGUGUAUUCUGCUGUGUAGUAUGAAAAACCAACCGCCAGAUGGCAUCAGAAGAGUCCCUGCAGUAAUUCUAACAGCUCAACUGGUACAGCUUCCCCACUGAUGAUGUCAGAACCUGUGUUCCUUCACAGACACCAUGGAAUAGAACCCACUGCAAUAUCAUCUCUAUGGACUACACUCUAGCAUGCAUUUGAUGUGGGUGGUAUUGUUAUUUAUUUAUAUAUAUAUAUAUAACUAUAUGUUAUAAAAGUGAGCUUGCCUGU